AUGCAUUUUCAUAUUGAUACGGCUUUGAUAAAGAUGUUUUUAUUUAUUGCUUUUGUAUUUCUACAAAAUGCAGGAUUUCUAGCUGGACAAACAACAUGCAGAUUUGCCGACUUAUUUACUAUCGAUGAUCUUGUGUCUAAUCGGCAAGAUGCUAUACAUCGAUUUAAAAUGCAUAUGUGUUUGUGGGAAGGAAAGUUUGGUUAUGAUGUUGGAUAUAAUCAUGAAAUAGGCAUAACAUAUGAUGGCCAUAAAAUUGAUUACACAACAGGAGACUUACAUGAAAAUUUACAAUAUUGGACGGCAGCAUCAAAAGAAGCUCUUCAUAUUAAUAUGUUGUCAUUGUACUUGAUGGAUAAUGUCUAUGCACGACAAUUUUUUCGUAAUGCAUCACAAGAUGAUAUUGUAGACAUUUUAGAAAGAAAAAUUGCAUCCUAUAAUGAGUUCCAUCGACGUUAUCCUGGUUUUGGUGGCUUUUUACCUUGGUUUGCUGCUAAUGGAUCAGCAAUGAAUUUACUCAAUGGAUGGGAAACUAAAGUGCCUGGCCUUGACAAUGGACAAUUAAUAUGGAGCAUAAAAAUUUUAAUUGAAACUCUUAAAAGUAAAAAAUUAACAAGUUUAGUUGAUAAGUAUCAACAACGUAUUGAGCUUAUGACACAGACAAGUAUUCCCGUAUUUUAUGAAGCAGAAAGAGGUGGUAUUCGAUGUGAAUCUGGUAUAUUAGAUAUGUUUAAUGAAAGUCAAAUAACAGAUCCAAGAAAUUAUGUAACAAUGGGUCGUUGUUUAUUAGAUGACCCAUAUGAAGGUGAGUUAAUGGCCUAUUUUAUGGAUUUAUAUGCUCCUUGGACAUUAUAUGGUUAUACGAUGGAAGAACGUAAUCGUAUUUGGACAUAUAAACGUGAUCGUCUUGUCCGUGAUGAAUACAAUACAAGCACACAAUCAACAACUGUUACACAAAAACAAGUAACUGUUCAACGUGGCUUUUGGUUUUCAAGUCAUGAACAAUGGAAAUAUUUCUAUUUACCAUAUCGAGAUAUUGAUCUUCAAAAUCGUCUUUUUACAAAUGGAGAAAAAGUACGUGUAUAUCAUUCAGCUCAAAAUCGUAUACCAGGUUUGUAUGCUAGUGUUGCAUCGGAUGCUAAACCUGGUACUUAUCAAGUUGAUUAUUGGAGUGCAUGUGGUAUUCAACAGAUUGCUUUUCAAUCAAUUGAACAUGAAUCAGUUGUCACACCAUAUGCAAGUUUUCCUGUUAUAAUGGCUAAUGAAUCGAUAGGAUUAGCUUGGUAUUUAAAUAUGAUUCAGGGUCCAGCCAUGCAAAAUAUGUAUGGAAGUACCGAAGCAACUAAUAUCAAUGGUGAAGCUAUAUCACCAGUUAUAACAUGGGAUUCAAAAAUAACAACAGUUGUAGCUAUGCUCAGUUCUCAUUUAAUUGAUGUCACAAGGGCGAUUCUUCAACGAGAUCGAACUUAUGAUCGUUUUUAUAACAUAACUGAAUAUGAAUGGUCAAAAGUAUUCGGUUCGAAACCGUUGUUAGGUGAAGAUCUUCCAUGGUCAUUACCUUCAACUAAAAUUCCUCGUCCGAUCGAUGGUUUACCAGAUUUCACUCAAUGUCGUAAUACGUUGACUACUACAUCAUCAAUACCUAUUUCAACUGUAUCAGCCUCAUUAUCUGUCAUAAAUAAAUCCUGUCACGUUGUUGUCAUCAUUUUUCUUUUGUCCUUUCUCAUAUUUUUAUUGAAAUAA